AUGAUCUCUUUGCAAGACACCCUCAAGUUGAACAACUAUGCAGUGGCAUUGUACCAAUCGGGUGAUAUCACUCAAGCUUCCAAAGCCUUUUCACCAAAAUCUCACAGCACGACCUCCACACCAACUGUCGAUCCAUUUGUAUAUCAAAGUCUAUUGAUCUUGAGAGAAUCUCAAGCAGCAUCAUCCUCUUUGCCCCAUGAUGAAAUGCAACUGAUGACGCUAUACUGCGCAUGCAUUCUAUUCAACACGGCCAUUCUUCAUCACCAAGAAUCAAUCAAGACUGGCAGUUCGGCGUGCCUAGACCGAGCUGCACAGCUAUACGAAGCAAGUAUUCGUCUAGUUGGCAAGUUUCCUACUACAGUGGCAAGUUUCAACAACAAUACCAUUUCGUUGCUUGCCCUGGCUGCCAGUAAUAACUUGGCUCAAAUUGAAUUCCAAAAAGGGCUCCUGGAUCAGGCAUCUACAAGACUGCAAGUUUUAAAGCAUCUGAUUCAAUCCUUGCAACACGUCGUCCUACACAUUUUCACAGUGGACGAAUUUGACGGCAUGCUAUCGAAUAGCCUAUCAGCAGAAGGGGUCAUUGCGUCAUCAGCUGCCUAG